AUGAGAACAGGGUUGAGUACUAUUCAGCAGAGUCUGACGCCUGAGGCAGCGAGUGUGUUGAACCAUUCAAUUGCGGAGGCUGGCCGCCGGAACCACGGCCAGACGACGCCGCUACACGUGGCGGCGACUCUAUUGGCCGCGCCAUCAGGGUUUUUAAGACAAGCAUGCAUCCGUUCUCACCCCAAUUCUAGCCAUCCGUUACAGUGCCGAGCGCUAGAGCUCUGCUUCAGCGUGGCCCUGGAGAGGCUCCCCACGGCCCAGAACGUAGCUCCUGGGAUGGAGCCAGGGAUUUCGAAUGCGCUAAUGGCCGCCCUGAAGCGUGCGCAGGCGCAUCAGAGGCGGGGGUGCCCCGAGCAGCAACAGCAGCCGCUGCUGGCUGUUAAGGUGGAGCUGGAGCAGCUGAUUAUUUCGAUACUGGAUGAUCCCAGUGUUAGCAGGGUUAUGCGCGAGGCGAGUUUUUCUAGUCCUGCUGUUAAGGCCACGAUUGAGCAAUUGCUGAAUUUGAAUUCGAAUGCGAAUGUGAAUGCUCAUAAUCAUCAUGUUGGUGGUGCUAAUGUGAAUUUUGGAGGAGCUUUUGGAGGUAUUGCAUCCAGGAGGCUAUCUAGUCCAGGUCAAUUAUCAACACUGAGCAUGCCAAAACCAUCUGCAGUUGUUCAAUUGCCUAAUCGAAACAUGUAUCUGAAUCCGAGGCUGCAGCAAGGGGAUACGGGGCAGAUUGGGAAUCAGAGGAAUGAAGAAGUGAAGAACGUGAUUGAUAUUUUGUUAAGAACUAAGAAAAGGAACCCGGUAUUGGUUGGGGAUUCAGAGGCUGAGGCUGUGGUGAAGGAAUUGUUGAGGAAACUAGAGAAGAAGGAAUUGGGAAAUGAAGGACCUUUGAGUAAUGUUCAGACAAUUUCGGUUGAGAAACAUUUUCUAUCCGAUAAGAAUCAAAUACCCAUGAAGAUAAAGGAAUUGGACUGCUUGAUUGAGAGUAGGAUUAAGAGUGGAAGGAUACUUCUUGAUUUGGGAGAUUUGAAAUGGCUGGUGAAGUAUCCUGUGGAUUUUGUUGGGGUACAGCAACAGCAUAUGGUUUGGGAGAUGGGGAGGACUGCCGUGGUGGAAAUGGCGAGGUUAUUGGCCCGAUUUGGAGGGGAGGGUAGUAAUGGUGAUCAUAAGCUUUGGUUGAUUGGAACAGCAACAUGUGAAACUUAUUUGAGGUGCCAGGUUUAUCAUACUACAAUGGAAAAUGAUUGGGAUUUGCAGGCAGUGCCUAUUGCUUCGCGAUCGCCUCUGCCAGGGAUGUUUCCGAGGCUCGGAACUGAGAGAAUUUUGAGUAUUCCUAUAGAUUCUUCGACUUCACUGAAGAGUGUGCACCCAGUUUUGGCACAGCGUCUUUCGGAGAACUUGGAUACUGCUCAGAGAACAACCUUUUGCCCGAGAUGUUUAGAGAAUUAUGAAAAGGAGGUGGCAAAACUCAUAGCCAUUGAGAAGUCGUUUUCUGAAGCUAAACCAGAAGCCACUCGACCAUCUCUGCCACAGUGGUUGCAAAAUGCCAAACUCGAGAGUCGGGAUGCAGUUGCAACUGAUGACACACAAGGUAAAGAUCAAGGCGUGCUUUCGAAGCAGAAAUCUCUAGAAUUACAGAAGAAGUGGAGGGAUACAUGCUUGAAUCUGCAUCCUGAUUUUCAUCAUAAUAGCUGUUCUGAGAGAACAGCUCAGGCAGAAACUCUAUCAUUGAUGAGCUUGAAAAAUCCAUCCAUGCUUGCUCAUUAUCCUUUCCAGCCUAAGUUGCAGAAGAGCAAACCACUUGGAGAGUCUCUGCAGUUGAACACAAAUCAAGUUACCAGUCGCACUGCAGGUAGCCCCCCGGCAAGUCCAGUGAGGACGGAUCUGGUUCUUGGAUGUAAAGAAACUGAGAGUACACCCAAGAAAACUACUGAAGACCAUGAUAAAGAUUCCAUGGGUUUCAUUUCCUAUGAACCACAUUCCAAAUUUCUCGAUAAGUUUGCAAGUGCAUUGGAUUCUGAUUCAUACAAAAACCUCCUCAAAGGCCUCAUGGAAAAGGCGUGGUGGCAGGCAGAAGCAGCAUCUGCAGUGGCUUCAGCCAUAACACGGUGUAGACUGGGCAAUGGAAAGCGGCGAGGUGCUGGAUCAAGGGGCGACAUAUGGUUAUUGUUCACAGGCCCUGACAGAGUUGCGAAGAAGAAGAUGGCGUCAGUACUUGCGGAACAAAUAUGUGGGACCAGUCCAAUAUUGACUUGUCUUAGCUCACGACGUGAUGAUGAAGACUCAAAUAUGAAUCUCCGUGGUAAAACAGCUAUUGAUCGCAUUGCAGAAGCAGUUCAUAGAAAUCCAUUUUCAGUUAUCAUGCUUGAAGACAUUGAUGAAGCAGAUAUUCUGGUGCGUGGGAGCAUAAAACAAGCAAUGGAGAGAGGUCGACUCACUGAUACUCACGGCCGUGAGGUCAGUCUUGGCAAUGCCAUAUUCAUUCUCACGGGAGAUUGGUCGACAACUCAUCCUAAAGAUGGUCAUUUUGUUGAUGAAAAGAAGCUUGCCUCCAUAGCAAGUGGCAAUUGUCAGUUAGGACUCAAAAUCCAAGAAAAGAGUGCAAAACGCCAAGGAAAUUGGUUUUCGUAUGAAGAUAGACAUACAAAGCCUCGGAUUGAAGUUGGAGCCAGCCUCUCGUUGGACCUAACUCUUGCAGUAGACAAUGAAAAUGAAACUGAUGUAUCUCACAAUUCAAGUGAUCUCACCUUUGAUCGUGAAGAUUUUCUAGGCCUUGAAAACACACAUUCGUCAAUUACAUCAGUAUCUCAUGAGCUAGUCAGCAAUGUCGAUGAUUCCAUAGCAUUCAAGCGAGUCGACCUCGCUUUUGUUUGCCGCGAGAUCAAGAAAACAAUCUCGGUGAGAUUUUCCAUGGUUGUGGAAGACAACUUGCCCUUAAAGGUAGAAGACAAUGUUAUAGAAAAGAUCUUAGGAGGGCUAUGGCACGACCGAACCAGUCUACAAGAGUGGAUAGAGAAAGUUUUAGUUCCGGGCUUCGACCAGCUCAAGACAUGUCUACCCUCUGAUGCUGGUAGUAAGGUUGUAUGGCUCGUGAUCGAUUCAGAAUCCGGUGGCCGAGGCAAUGGAGAUAGGUUGCCUAGUAGAAUCACAGUAAAAGGUUGA